AUGGCAAGAGCAGAGCUAGAGGCUGUUGGCCGACAUGUGCACUGUGCAAGGGGACGCUUUUACUUCGAUGCAGUCGGAACUGACGGCAGACACGUCGUCCAGGCCCUCUCUGAAGUGCGACACGUCCGAAGCAUCCGGCGCAUUGCCGUCUCCGUCGAGGUGCGGCCUCCGGACCGGUCGAACCCGGCAGAUCUGCCAACAUUCUCCGCAGGGCAGCUCGCAGAGGCCAUGGACUCUUUUGGCCAUUGGGACGACGUGGAAGGCGACCUGAGAGCUUUGAACAUCUCGGUGCGGAGCUGCUGCGUGGUGAGUCGGCAAUUUCAGCAGCUUGCCCGGCUCCUCACUGCCGAUGUGGCCCACGAGCUGCACCGCGAGUUGGCACUUUGUCUGCAGCGCCGCUUCGGCUGGCAUCCUUGUGGGCGGGGUCGCUCCGCGGACCUUACGCUGCACCUGCACGUGGAGGGCUCCACACUUCGAGUCGAGGUUCCCCUCCUGCAGCAGCAGAAGGCCAAACUUGGUGGAGGCUUCCCGCACCAGGGUAUGCACCACGUGGAAGCAUGGGCCAUUGCAAGAAGCUUGGAUGUGCAGCCGGGAGAAACUGUUUUGGACCCCAUGUGCGGGAAGGGCACGAUCCUUGCAGAGGCAGCUGUGUGGUGGCCGAGGGCGAUCUACGUUGGUUGCGAUGCGGAUGCCCUUCAACUUGAGCAUUGCCGGCGCAAUUUCGAAUGGCUAGAGCAAAGUGUAGUUCUACAUCAGGCCAACACCACGCAGCCCGGCGGAACACCUCUGCUUGAUGCUUCUGUGGACAAGGUCGUAGUCGCCCCGCCUUGGGAUCGCCAGUUUGGCAUAAGCGGCAGCUUGGUGGCUUUUUACCAGCAGAUGCUGCAGGAGAUUUUUCGUGUGGUUCGCCCUGGUGGCAGAGUGGUGGUUUUCGCAAGCCGGAGAGUCCUGCCGAAGCUACUCGAGGCUUUGGAUCGCUCCUACGCGUCCCAGGGAGCAGUGAAGGCCGGCGCGAGCUGGCGUAUCACGGCCCAGCGCAGCUUUGCUCUGACCCGGGCGACCACGGGAGUCAUCCUCGUCCUUCGCUUCACGCCAGAGUGUUCGGAGGCUUCGCGCUUUCUGAGUUGGGAGGGGCGGGGAGCUCCGGAAGGCGGUCGCGAACUCUACGAGCACUGGCGCCAGCUCCGGGCGCAAGGCUUUCCAAGGCUGGAGGUUGCCCUGCCGGGCUUGGCGAAAGUGGAUAGUUCUGCAAAGACGGCGCCGGCUCUGCGACUGCUCGUUGCUCUCAUUUUCUGCGCAGGCGUCGUCUUGGGCCUGAGAAGCCGGGUCUGA